AUGACCAUACAGCCGCUAGAGAGCAAGGAUGUCCCCGGUACAAUAGUGGAUGAGGAUAUUCAGCCACCAGCUGAAGUACCGGACGUACCAUACACUAUCCUGUCUGAGAGGGAAAAAAUAUGUACAAUUUUAAUUGCUUCGUUUUCCGGAUUCCUUGCUCCAAUAUCUGCCAGUAUCUACUUUCCGGCCCUCAAUACACUUGCCGACAAUCUCCACGUGUCGUCCAGCGAAAUCAACCUUAGUAUUACAGUGUACAUGAUAUGUCAAGCGCUAGCUCCAUCCUUGGUAGGAAACUUCUCAGAUCAGAAGGGUCGCCGACCAGGACUUCUCAUCUGCUUUGCCGUCUAUAUAGCGGCCAAUAUAGGUCUAGCCUUGCAGAACUCAUACCCAGCCCUCAUGGUAUUGCGUUGCCUUCAGAGCUCAGGAAGCAGUGGGGCUGCCGUCAUUGGCGCUGCUACCGCAACAGAUAUAGUAGUCCGGGCGGAGCGUGGGAAAUACCUUGCCUACUCGACGAUGGGUGUAACAGCGGGACAAGCGCUUGGACCAGUGAUCGGGGGUCUUCUCGCUCAAUUCGCGAACGUCCAUUCAAUAUUCUGGUUUUUAACUGCUCUUGCGGGAUUCAUGUCGGUGGUGGUGAUUGUAUUCUUUCCAGAAACAAGUCGAACUGUCGUGGGCAAUGGGUCAAUAUCGCCGCAAAAGUGGAAUCGCCGAGUAUUGGAUCUAGCGCGUCGAAAACAGCCGGAGUGGACAGAGACGUAUAGUGAUGUUACUACACGUCCGCAGUCCAAACGUCGGCCUAGUCCCUUGGAGACAUUCAAAAUCUGCCGUGAAAAGGAGUCAACGAUGAUCCUUGCUUUUAUCGCCUUUCUCUUCUGCGGAUACGCCACGGUGCUCAGUACGCUACCCGCACAGCUGGAAAGGAAGUACGGUUUCAACGCUCUCCAGAUCGGUCUAUGCUGCCUUCCGUACGCCUUUGGCAGUUUAACAUCACGCUGGACCGUCGGAUAUCUCACGGACUGGAAUUUCAGACGUCAUGCACGCCGUCUGGAUCUCAAGCUAGUCAAGAAUCGCCAAACUGAUCUCACCGACUUUCCAGCAGAAAUCGCACGACUUCAGCUUACUGUUCCUUUAGUGUACUUGGCAUCCGGCUUCAUCAUCACUUAUAGCUGGGUAAUGGCCCACCAGACCAACCUAGCUGGUCCGCUCAUUAUGCUUUGUCUCGCAGGGCAUACGAUGUCUGGUACGAUAAAUACGCUUAUGACACUUCUCGUCGACUGCCAUGUUAAAAAGCCUGCGACCGCAAUUGCCGCCAGCAAUCUCUUCCGGUGUCUCCUAGGUGCUGGGGCUGUUGCCGUCGCGACUCCCCUUAUCAAUGCUAUUGGGAUUGGAUGGGCAGGAACAUUGUUGGCGUUCAUCUGGAUAAUAUUUAGCCCUUUACUAUGGGUACUUAUGAAAUGGGGACACGACUGGCGUCGAGAGAAAAUUAAGAAGCGAGACCAAGCGCCGCUAUCAGAAAAAGGACCAUGA